CGCGCUAUAUCCUCAUUCGAACCGAACAAGCUGAACUGCAGAUCGUAUCCGGACCCCGCGCAUAAUCAUGGUAUCGUAAUCUUCAAAAUGCAUAGCAUUAUUCAGCUCUUAUCUUGGCAACUUGCUUCCCAGGGUACCUGAUUGUGACGGGGUAACGAUCCGCCGCCUUAUUACAUAGUAUGAUCCCAGCCACUUCUAUUCAAACCGAUAAGUAAACAAUAUUAGUCGCUUCUCAUAUCGUUAAUUGAGAUUGGAUUCGUAACUGAUAUCCAAAGACUUGAACAUAUUUGCGAAGAGGGGUGACCCCGUGUCUAUCAAGUUAUUAUUUAAAAGUUGUAGAAAUGUGGUUUUAUAGCAUAUCUUGUAUACUUGCUCUCAGCAGCUUAGGGUAUGCUGUUCCAUAUUCCAACAAGUUACAUAAGAAAACAGCACUCGUCAUCAUUGAUGUACAAAACGAUUUCAUCAACGGCUCUUUAGCCAACCCGCGAGCUCCUGCUAUCCUACCUAAAAUCUAUCAACUCCUGGAUAAUCAUGAGUGGCCCUUCGUUGUCGCUUCUCAGGACUGGCAUCCUAAAGGGCAUGUCUCAUUCUUCUCAAGUCAUCCUGGGAAAGUGUCCGGAGACACUGUGAACGACAGCUUCAUAGACACCCCUACGAAGACCGAAACACAGAUGCUAUACGCGGACCACUGCGUUCCGGAGACAUGGGGCGCUGAGAUAGAGCGUGGCGUUCAGACGCGGUUGCAUUCGCUCGAAGGCUACCGCGCCCCCGUCAAUUACAUUAAGAAGGCGCAAGACCACUCAGUCGACUCAUACUCGGCUUUCGCUGAUAACCAGUACCACCGCUUCACCACUCUACACUCCGAGUUGACCUUGCAUAGCAUCGAGACUCUAGUCGUAACGGGACUCUUGACGAGUGCAUGCGUCCGUGGUACGAGUAUCGAUGGAAUCAAGCUGGGAUACGAAGUCGUGCUCAUAGAAGAUGCCACUGAAUCAAUUAGUGAUGAAGAUAAGGCCGCGGCUAUCAAGGAGCUGCAGGGUUGGGGGGUGCAGGUUUUGAAUCUGACAGAUUGGGAGGGCGCAAAUCCUACUCCAGUAAAAUUCAGGACAAGGGAAUUGUAAUUACGAGGUUAUCGUAUUACGAGCGUGGCUUGUCUCAGCCCGUGGGGUCCGAAGUGCCCAUGAUAAUAAUAGGCGUGUCGACGAAAUAGGGAAUAUUUGAUGGAAAAGAUAUUGAGAGGCGUAUUUAACCCGUCUGUACGAGUUUUAACAAUUCCAGUAAUUGGGAAGGGGGCGAGGGUAAGAAAAGUAGUCGAGAAGUUGAGGGCCGAGAAAACCACACUUGGCCAGUUGGAAAACACUGAUA